AUGGUCAAUGUUACAACAGAGGCGUCCAUUGUAUAUGGAGUUUUUGGCCCGACACUUCUUCAAAAUUACUGCAAAGAGAGACGGAGGUUAAGGAAGUUAUAUUUAGACAGUAAAAGAUCUACAACUCUUCAACGACGAAAAUUACACCCUUCCAAUACUUUAUCAUCUUCUACUGAUUUAAGAUUGAUGUCUUCCAACACGCACGAUGCUACUCCUACAUCGUCGGUGUUACCUACAAGUACUGUUAGUUGUCUUACAAACAACAUGACUACACCAAUAAACAUUCAUCGUUUUUCUCUAUCUUCAAACAUCACAAAUUCUGGCAACACAUCUACUAUUCUCGAAAGUUCUUCUUUACAGAGGAUGUCCCCAGGAAAACGUAAGUUAAUAAGUAAAUCGCGAGUUACAUCUCCUAUACCAAUGAUUGACUUGACGACGGAGGAAACUACAGAUGAAGCAAUCUACAAAGGAGUUUCAACAGAAUACAUCGAUCAUGGUGACCAAUGUAUUACUUGUGAAGUAUGCAAUGCUAAAUUAUGGGAUGCUGAAAAAGGAAGGGGAAGAAAAGAGAAAGGAAGAAUAAGCUAUUUCUUAUGUUGUGGUUACGGCAAAGUAGAACUACCAGAUUAUAAAGAUGCUGUUCCAAGUUAUAAGAAACUUUUUAUGUAUAAGGAUAAAGAAAGCAAACAUUUUUUGAAUAAUAUUCGACGGUAUAACUCAAUGUUUGCUUUCACGUCAAUGGGUGGUAAGGUUGAUCCCACUGUUAACAGAGGUAAUGGACCAUUCUGCUACAGAAUUAGUGGAGAGAACUACCACAGCACUGGAAGCCUGCUUCCGGAAGACGGAGAUCAACCUAAAUUUUGCCAGCUCUACAUUUUCGAUACUCAAAACGAAGUUUCCAACAGACAAUCCGUAUUUAGUCGUUCAAAGGAUUCAUCCUCCUCGAGUGGUGCUGAAGUUGAUAAUAAACUGAUUGAACACAUAAAAUGUCUUUUAGAUUCAGAAAAUCAGUUGGUAAAAGCGUAUAGGAUGGUUAGGGACCGUUUUCAUGAAAACCCUGAGCUUGAUCUGAAGCUUCGUCUAAUUGGUAUUAGAGAAAAGGAUGGACGAACAUAUAAUUUACCAACAUGUGGUGAAGUUGCUGCUCUAAUUGUUGGGGAUAUUGCCAACACAAUCAACAAUAGAGAUAUAGUUAUUGAAACGCGGACAGGUACUUUGAAACGAAUUAGUGAAUUGCAUCCUUCAUACCUUGCACUUCAAUAUCCUAUUUUGUUUCCUUAUGGUGAUGAUGGUUAUAGAAUUGACAUACCGCAUCGUGGUGUCAUUGACGUAAUCAAUAAGAAACGUCCAAAUUGUACGAUGAGAGAGUUCUUUGCAUAUCGUUUGCAAGACAGAAUUAAUCAGUUUUCAUUGAUUCUAAAUUCAAGGAGACUCUUUCAACAAUUCUUGGUUGAUGCGUAUACUAUGAUUGAGAGCGAAAGGCUUAAAUACAUACGACUUCAACAAAAGAAUUUAAGGUCAGAUAGCUAUGAAAGUCUAUGUGAAUUAAGAAAUAAGGGCCAGCAAGACAUAUCUAACGUUGGAAAACGAAUAUUUUUGCCCUCUUCGUUUACUGGUGGCGCGAGAUAUAUGAUGCAAAAUUAUUUAGAUGCCAUGGCUAUCUGUAAGUGGUUUGGUUAUCCGGAUUUUUUUAUAACCAUCACGUGCAAUCCAAAGUGGCCUGAGGUAAAAAGGUUUCUUAGAGACACAAAUCUUAAACCUGAAGAUAGGCCCGAUAUACUGACCAGAUUAUUUAAAAUAAAGUUGGAUUCAAUUUGCAAAGAUUUUAAAGAACGCCAUCUAUUUGGAAAAGUUGCAGCAGUUGUUUACACAAUCGAGUUUCAAAAGAGAGGAUUGCCUCAUGCCCACCUAUGCUUAUUCUUAGAAAAUGAAUCCAAGCUUCCAACGGUAGACCAUGUUGAUCCAUUUAUUACUGCAGAAAUCCCUAAUGAAGAAGAAGAUGCAGAAUUAUAUGCACUUGUGAAAGACUAUAUGAUUCAUGGUCCAUGUGGUAACGCUAAUUUAAGUUGUCCAUGUAUGGUUGAUAAUAAGUGUUCCAAGGGUUUUCCAAAGAAAUUUCAAGAUCAUACUACACUGGAUUCAAAUGGAUUCCCAAUAUACAAAAGAAGAGAUAAUGGUGUUUCUGUAGUGAAAAAUGGAAUCGACUUAGACAACCGAAGUGUUGUGCCAUACAACAAAAAACUUUUGAAACGGUACCAGGCACAUAUAAAUGUUGAGUGGUGCAAUCAAGCAGGAUCAAUUAAAUAUUUGUUUAAAUAUAUAAAUAAAGGCCCUGAUAGAGCAACUGUUGCAGUUGUCCAACAUGAUAGUAACAACGAAGAACUAGAACAAGACGAGGUCAAAGAAUAUUAUGAUUGUAGGUAUCUAUCGGCUUGUGAGGCAUCUUGGAGGAUCUUCGCAUACGAUGUGCAUUACAGGACUCCAUCUGUUAUGAGGCUCCCAUUCCAUCUUCCCGGAAAACAACCUGUUGUUUUUGGUCCCGACGAGGAUAUUAAUCAAGUGCUUAACAAACCAUCUGUCAAAGCUUCAAUGUUUCUUUCCUGGAUGGAACGUAACAAAGACCCGAAUGACACAUUGGCCCGUACACUUACAUAUGUUCAGUUUCCAAGUUGGUAUGUAUGGAAGCUUGAUAAACGUUGUUGGGAACCUAGACAAAGACAUAAGUCAAUUGGGAGAAUUCACGCUGUAAGUCCGUCUCUUGGGGAAGCAUAUUAUUUACGAAUUCUUCUUAACAAAGUGAAAGGACCAAAAACUUUUGAUGAUAUUAAAACAGUUGAUGGUAAGGUAUAUGAUACAUUUAGAGAUGCAUGUUAUGCACUCGGUCUUUUGGACGAUGACGCAGAAUACAUUGAGGCAAUAAAAGAAGCAAAUGAAACAGGAUCCCCUUCGUAUCUUCGUAAUUUAUUUGCUACUUUGCUAUUAACAAAUACGUUGUCCAGACCUGAGGUUGUAUGGGAAAGCACAUGGAGAUACAUGACAGACGACUUUAUCUACAGGCUUAGAAAAUAUCAUCGUCUUACAGAUUUAUCAAUUCCAGAUCACCAACUUAAAAACUAUGUUUUGAGUGAAGUUGAAAAAUUCUUAGCCAGAAACAACUCAUAA